AUGACCUCUAUGGACUUGCGGGUAGGAAAUAAAUAUCGAAUAGGAAGGAAGAUCGGUUCAGGUUCUUUUGGGGACAUUUACCUUGGAACAAACAUCAUAAACGGAGAGGAAGUUGCCAUUAAACUUGAAUCCACAAAAGCUAAACAUCCACAAUUGGAAUAUGAAUCAAAGGUUUAUAAAACACUGGCCGGUGGUGUAGGCAUCCCUUUCGUCCGCUGGUACGGCACCGAAUGUGAUUUCAACGCAAUGGUGAUUGAUUUAUUGGGACCAUCCUUAGAAGAUUUGUUUAAUUUUUAUAUCAAACCAGAUAACUUUUUAAUGGGAAUCGGUAAACGGGGUAAUCAAGUGAAUGUAAUCGAUUUUGGUUUGGCCAAAAAAUAUCGUGAUCCAAAGACACACUUACAUAUUCCUUAUAGAGAAAAUAAGAAUUUAACAGGAACGGCUAGAUAUGCAAGUAUUAACACUCAUCUAGGUGUCGAACAAUCUCGACGUGAUGAUCUUGAAUCACUGGGUUACGUUAUGAUGUAUUUCUGUCGUGGAUCACUUCCAUGGCAAGGACUUAAAGCAGCAACAAAGAAACAAAAAUAUGAUCGCAUCAUGGAAAAAAAAAUGACCACGCCCACAGAACUUCUUUGUCGUGCAUUCCCCAAUGAAUUUGCCAUCUAUUUGAAUUAUACUCGAUCCCUUCGAUUUGAUGAUAAACCUGAUUAUAGUUAUUUGAGAAAAUUAUUUAGAGAUUUAUUUGUUCGUGAAGGAUUUCAAUACGAUUAUGUCUUUGAUUGGACGAUUUUCAAAUACAAAGAUGCGAAUAAAGUAUAUCCUUCAUUACCACUUCCGGAUGAUGGCAAUGGAGUUAACGAACCAAAUGAAGAUGAUGCUAAAAAUCAAAAACGUGUUGCUGCAACUCGACUGGCUAAUGCAUCCGGAGUUAUUCCUAAUAAUAAUAAUGAUCCUUCAUCAACAUCACGUCGACCAAUUGCCAAACAACCACCACUUUAUGCGGGCGGAAUCACUUCAACUCAUGCAAAUGCUCCAGUUGUAGAAAAUAAUCGAGUUGUGACUUCUGAUAGACUGAUUCCCAUUACCACCUUCACUACCAACUCCACUAAUACCAACACUAGAAUUAAUACCAACACUAUUACCACCGAUAAUAUUUUCUUUUCCCCAAGAUUUUAUUCUGCUGAAGCCGGUCUGACUCGUAGUAACAUUGAGGAAAGAAUUAUUGAUAUCAUUAAAUCUUUUGACAAAGUUGAUCCAAAAAAGGUAUCUCCUCAUUCGAAAUUUGCCGACGAUCUUGGAUUGGAUAGUUUAGAUACGGUGGAAGUUGUUAUGAACAUUGAAGAAGAUUUCUCGAUUGAAAUUCCUGAUAAAGAAGCUGAUGAAAUUCGAUCAGUUAAAGAUGCAGUAGAUUAUAUUUCUAAACGUGAUGAUGUUCAUUAA